AUGCCUCAAGACAUGCAAGGAUCUUUGGAAAAGACGGAGAUGUUUGCGCACGUGACACUUCGUCUUUUGCACGAAAUACACGUCAGUCACCACAUCCGUCUCUGCCUCAAGCUUGGUCUCAAGCUUGCUCAAUUUCAGAUACUCUUUGAGAAGUCGGCUCACAGGCUACAUGGAGACGUCGACCGCAGCGGUAUUCAACACGCUUUUGCGCAAAGCGAGGUUUUCGACGAUGCUCAACGCGGUGCUUUGCUCCGGAUAGAUGCUCAACUAGUGAAAGGACAUUCUGGGUACGAGGAUCUAGGCGACCUCGACUUCGUUCGGACCAUGCCGAACCAAAGGGCCUGGCUCUGGUGCAGGACACUGGAAACGACGAUGUUUUGGACUGCUGGAGCCCCGAGAGAGCGAGCAAAAGCGCCGAAAGUCCGGAAUCAUGUCACAGCUGAAAGCCUUCCGAGCUUUUUGGUGACAAGAACCAAAGCAGUUGUGAAACGUCGCCUGGCAUUUCCCUGUCACAACGGCUCCCGGCUUCGAUUCUCUGGGCUUUGGGCACCAACCAAGCGUUCAGCGCCAUCUCAUGCGGAGCGGCGGCUGAUUUCGCUUCGAGCUCGCGCAUCGCCGCAGACCACGCUGCUGAAGAAACUGUGCAGUUUUGCAUCGAUUUGA